AUGAUUGGUCUCUUUUGGAACUGUAGAGGAACGGGCUCCAAAGCUCUACCAGGGCUCAUAAAAGAAAUUAAAAAGAGAUACAGGGUUGAUUUCCUAGCCUUGUUUGAGACGAAAUGCGGAGGCCCUAAAGCGACUCGACGUUGCCAAAAACUGGGCUUUGACAAGUUUGACACUGUAGAUGCUAUUGGUUAUCGGGGAGGUCUUUGGUUCGCCUGGAAUGAAGGAAAAUUCUCUGCCACUAUCAUUAAAAAAGCAGACCAAUAUAUCCACGUGCUGGCAAAAAACGGUGAUGAGAAGAUUUAUAUCACCUAUGUCUACGCUAGCCCGAAUAUAAAUAUCCGUCGACAGCUUUGGACGGAGCUGGCAGAGUUACGCAUGAAUGAUGAUUUGCCGUGGAUUCUAGGUGGAGACUUCAACGUUACUCUCUUCUACCAUGAACCCAGGUCCAAUGCUGUUCACACAUCCCCUCCUGAUAAGGAUUUCAUUUCUUGGUUCGAGGAAUUGGAAUUAAACGAUCUUGGUUGCAAUGGUCCUUUCUACACUUGGAAAAGCCAUAAUUGUGAAAGUAGGAUUGAUCGGUGUGUAACUAAUGACAGGUUUAAAGAAGCGUAUAGAGAUGCCUCGGUUAGACACCUCCCUUGGUUUCAUUCAGACCAUCGCCCAAUCCUGUUAAGCACCUCUUUUGCCCAACCUGAGAGUAAAAUAUCUAGACCCUUUAGAAUUAUGGCUUCCUGGGUCCUUCAUGAAGAUUUUUCUAGACUAGUUGGUGACUCUUGGACCCCCGAGGCCUAG